AUGUCCAACACACACUUGCUUGUCUUGCUUCUUGCCCUGGUGACUCUCACCAUUGCCUCCAAUGCCGACUACCAGAAGCCACCAUCUCCUAUCUACAAUCAUCCUCCGGUGACCAAGCCACCGGUUCCAAUUUACAAGCCACCAACUCCUGUUUACAAGCCUCCUCCGGUGACCAAGCCACCCACAGAACACAAGCCACCAACUCUACCUCCCAAAACCGGAAACUCUCCACCUGCAUACAAGCCACCGGUUGAGAAGCAACCUCCAGUGUACAAACCUCCUACUCCAAAGGCAGAGAAGCCACUCCCAGAACACAAACCACCACCACCAAAGCACCUGCCAUCACCAACUUAUGGUCACUUUCCGGGACACCCUCCACUGGAAAAUGGUCAAGAUCCUCACAAACCACCCCGAAAGGUUUUGCCUCCUCCAACACCAUAUGGGAAGGGGAAGCCACCUAAAAAUGGCGCCUAG